GAGUCUGCUGGCAGUGUUGGUUAUUGAAGCAUAGUCACUCGCAGGAAUUAUUUUGGCUGCUGCGUCAGUUUUUUUCUCUCUCUCUUCCUUCUUACUCACAUCUGGAGCGGGGAGUCACUUCCUCUGUCUGUGCUGCCCGCGUUGUGCUUUAACAGGGCUAGUCCUCUCGUCCUCUACUACCCCUUCCCCUCCUCCUCUGACAAUACUCCAAAGAGAUACGGAACACACUACCCCAGGGGGAUGGGACCUCCCCAAAACACUCUCAGCACAGGACCAACCAGGGACCCUGGACAUCCCCCACCAACACCCCCCACCCACCCUCUGGAAUCUACGUCUGAAAACAGAGAGGGAGAGAGAGAGACUGAAAUCUYGAGAGAACUGCAACCAUCAGAUGAACURUGUAGGGUGUUCCCCCUUUCCCUUAUAUGGCAAAACAACUGGGAAAUGAUUUGAAUUUGUCUGGUUUCUCUUGCACGGCUGCCUGGGCGCUGACUUCUAUCCACCACAGCAGGCUGUGCAGCAGGGUUUGUUUGUGUGGCUAACUGACUGCUUUUGGUUCUUCUUUUCUGUGUUGUUUGCAUGCAGGGCUUUUGAGGGGACAGCAGGCAGGAGCAUUGCUGGUGUUUGUGGUGAGGCUACAGGCACUGCUGUCAGUGCCCCCAGGGGUGGUUGGCUUUAUGCACCAUUGCUCCUCUCUCUCUCUCUCUCUCUCUCUCUCUCUCUCUCUCUCUCUCUCUCUCUCUCUCUCUCCUCCACAAUGGGCUCUGUCUGCCUGAGACGAACAUCCGGCUGGCAGCAGCCUGCACACUGAGACGGUGUCUUUCUGAGGGGGAACUAACAGCAAGGUGGGCCAAAGUUCAUCAAGAGGAAGCAACUGUAGUUCUGGAAUCUGGACACACACAGAAAUCUGUGGGAGGGUUAUUCACUCUGACUCUAAAACGGCAACAAUCCUCAACCACAACAGGACGCGUAACACAGUAAGACCCCGGAGGGGGUGCCUGUAGUAAAUGAGAAGGGCUGCUGUUGAUGUUCCUGAGUUGACCUUACUAAUUAMGACCAGGAUGCUGGAGAAGCUGUGAACACUCAAGAGGACAGCACAACGUGAGCUCCUGAUUGGAGGGUCCCAUGGUGCCAUGACACAGGUGUCUGAGACAGACUGUGUGUGUCGCCUCUGACCUUCUACCUUACUGUGGGUUACCCUGUUGGAAAGACAGACACUCCACUGACUGACAGGUGGACAACAACACCGUCGGAUGUCAUGGCGAUGGCGGCGUGGUACCACCGUGACAUCACCCGUGUGCAUGCAGAGGACCUGUUGGCCCGGGCUGGAAGGGACGGCAGCUUCCUUGUCAGGGACAGUGAGUCUGUGCCUGGAGCCUACGCCCUCUGUCUGCUGUUCCAACGGCACGUUCACACUUAUCGUAUUCUUCCUGAUGUAGAUGGCCUAUUAGCUGUUCAGACUUCUCAGGGGGUGCAGGUGAACUGGUUUCCGUUACACUGGGGGACCUGGUGGUUGGGGUACCAACACCCCCAUAAGGGUCUGGUUACCCCUCUGCUGUACCCUGUGGAGGGACAUGGAGCCUGGGAUGAGAGCUCAGGGCUACAGGAGCUCAACACAUCCAGCAAGGUGCUGAAAGCUCUUCAAGAUGCUGUGACCAAUCACAACCUUGGCUGUGCAGUCCUGCCCUCCGACUCUGAGCCGCUCUUGCCCAGCUCCAGCCCUGCUCAGCUCCGCCCCUGCUCCAGCUCCAGCUCCAGGCUCCUGCCCUGCUCCAGCUCCAGCCCCUGCUCCAGCCCCUGUCCCUGCCCCAGUCCCUUUCUUGCGCUAGCUCAAGUUCCAGAAGCCAGCAAGCUGCGCAUGGUCCGUGGGACAGUCAUCACAACACCACGGGAGCUCAUGUUUGAGAGUGCAAGGAAACGGCGAAGGCGUUCUGACCAGCUGCUACAGCUGAUGAAGACCAGGCCUCUCCGUUGCAGUGAACGCCUGAACGUCACUUCGCUUGUGGGCAGCUGGAACAUGAGGGAUCGGCUGGGUGAGCGUGUUGUGUCGUGGGUCGAACCCAGAAUGAGUCACACAGCUCUGCAUGCCUCUGAAUCUACUCCCUGGGUGGCAGUACAGUCCCUGUGGAACAUGAGGCUGGCAGUGUUUGUGAAGCCAGAGCACGAGAGUCGCAUCAGCCAUGUGAACACAGCCAGUGUGAAGACUGGCCUGGGGAACACACUGGGAAAUAAGGGUGCUGUUGGGGUCUCCUUCCUCUUCAACAGUACCUAUUUUGGGUUUGUUAACUGCCAUCUGACCUCUGGCAGUGAGAAAGUAGUCAGGAGGAACCAGAACUUUGCCGACAUCCUCAGGCUGUUGUCCCUGGGUGACCGGCAGCUCAGUGCCUUUGACGUGAGCCUGCGCUUCACACAUCUCUUCUGGUGUGGAGACCUCAACUACAGACUGGACCUGGAUGUACAGGACAUUCUGAAACAUGUGUCCAAGCGGGAGUUUGAUGAGCUCAUGUGUGCUGAUCAGCUAACACAAGAACGACACAAGAGAAAGGCCUUUCUCAAUUUCAAGGAAGAGAAGAUUGUGUUUCCGCCCACCUAUCGGUACGAGAGGGGGUCCAGGGACAGCUACCUGUGGCAGAAGUACAAGACCUCUGGCGUGCGUGUCAAUGUGCCGUCAUGGUGUGACCGGAUUCUGUGGAAGUCCUACUCAGAGACACAUAUCACCUGCAACUCCUAUGGUUGUACAGAUGACAUUUUCACCAGUGACCACUCGCCUGUUUUCGCCACGUUCCAUAUAGGGGUGACAUCAAAGUUCAAAACAGAGCCAAGCUUGAGCAUGGAGAGGGCCUGGAUAGAGUUGGAGGGCAUCGAGGCUAUUGUGAAGACAGCCGGCAAAGCCAAGUUCUUCAUUGAGUUUCACUCAUCCUGCCUUGACGAGAUCCGCCGUUCCAUAGAGAAUGACUCACAGAGCUGUGACGUGCCUUGCUUCCUGAAACUGGGCUGGUCUUCCAAGCAGCUGCCCAAGCUUCUCCCGAUCGUCUCUGACAUGGAGUACCUUCAGGAUCAGCACCUCCUGCUGUGCGUCAAGUCAUGUGAUGGGUUUGAGUCAUACGGUGAGUGCUGUGUGGCGCUGCGCUCCCUCAUCGGCGCGGCGGAGCAGUUUGAGACGUUUCUGACCCACCGGGGCGAGGAGAUGGGCUCCAUACGUGGGCGGGUCAGGGUCCACGUGCCCAAGGACCGGCGAAGAACACGUGAGAAGAUCUACGAGUGGUUCUGCUUCGAGAAGGACGAGAAGGGUCUGGUGAGGGGACACUUGUCUCCUCAGUCCACUCAGGCACCUAUCAGCCGAUCAUCACCCCCUCCACCCAAGCCAGCCCCUAGCAGUUACACAAACCCCGCUUACUUCAUAUUUGAAGGUGUGUCUGUCCUGCGCAGGGUGGAGGAGGCUCCACCCCCUCGUAGGGACCUCCAAGUGGUCUGGGCCGGCGACUCAGCGCUGCAGCUCCCAAAGCUCUCUGGGGGGCGUGGCUAUGACAGGAAGUCCGCUCGCAGGUCGGACUUCACUGAAAUCGAGAUUCCAGGCAUCCUGCCCCACUACUCCUCCUCCAAUGACCAUCAUCCUCCCCAGGCCAACUCCUCCUAUCAGCUCUUCCCAGCAAAAAACCCAUCGCCAAUCCCCCCUGCCGCAAACCCCACCACCACCUCUCACUAUCAUGAACAGCCCAUACAACCACAACCAAGCAAAAACAAUGUUGUCCAGGACACCAUCCUGCCUCCCAAGUACCUGAGGAACAUGUACACGGACCACUCCGCUGUCAUCAGAGAGACCCCCAGGAGAGAACAGCCUAGGGUGCACCAACAGGAACGAGCCAGCCCUGUAAGGAGCAAACCCACCUCCCUCUACCCCUAUGUGUCCACCCACGUGCCCCACGUCCAGGCCUCAGCCCCCUGGGUGGCGGAGCAGCCAGUUGAACCCCUAGGGGACCACUCCCUCACAGCCCUGCAGAUUGCCAAGUCACUAAGUGAGGUGGACUUCUUCCCUGUGGACCUCAGGGCUCCAUCCACACCAGGCCAGAGACCGGCCCAGAGGAAUGACCUGGCCAUGUCUACCGAGAGAGGCUACUGCUGGGAGAAAGAGGUCCUCCGUGGGGCUCCAGAGACUGUGCGGGAGCUACUCAGCACCCUGGGUCUGCAGAAUUACACCCUGGGACUCAGCCUCAAUGGCUGGGACGACCUGGACUACUUCAGUGGCAUCACAGAGGAGGACCUGCGUGCAGCCGGAGUGUCAAACCCCUCGCAUCGCCGGAGGAUCCUGGAGAACCUACCCAGGAUCUGGGAUUCACUAUAGACCUACUUACGUUGUUUGAGUUCUCAAACUGAAGCCGAUGGACAUCAGUGACAGAUGCCUGCCAUAAUGGAAUACAAGUCGCCUCUUCUCCACGCCAUCAUUUUAUUUACAGUAACAACGAGUUGCUUUUAUGCGAACACACAAAAGACGCAAUGCAUGUCCCAUGAAAUCCUCAUCUCAUAUCCCUUACCAUUCACGUGUACACCUUCAAAUGAGAGAUGUGGACUCAAGUCACUGUCAAACAUUUUAUAUCCAAUUUAGAUCCACAUAGCUAAAUAUUGAUUAUGCGUCUCCUCCGCAGUCACCAGAAUGUACUGUUUACUGAGCAUUCACACCCAAGACCUCUUCCCCUGCUCGUUCCACUCCUCUACCGAUAUAGAGAACAGCACAGAGCUUGUUAAAGCACUCAAUAAAGGCCAUGGAGGGGGAAAUAUAUAGCUGUACAUAUUUGCCAGUCCACGUUUUAACAUGGCCUGUAAAGUUAAUAUUAAAAACUGCCUGGUUUGCUGUCUGAUGGUAGCAUUAUGUUGUAACCAGGGUGUAGUUGAUUAUGUGAUAAGAGGAGAAUCCAUUGGGAGGAAUUAGUGAACCCUGGGCUAGUUUAUUUACAUUCUGUCCAUUACUCCUACAUUGUAUAUCCUGUUUCUCUAUCUGGUUAUCUCUCUCUUAGACCAUAACUCUUGUGUGCUCUUCAAGGGCCACACACCCAUUUAACAUGUGUUUCUGUGCACUGUACCAUUUUUUUUUUUUUACUGCCUUUUCAAACAGAAUUGUAUAAAACGAACUGUUGACUGAGUGACAGAUAGUGUGGGUUCUUACACAUUGCUAUUGUGUGAACGUUCGAGGGCGUUGAACCUGUUCUUGAUGCCUGUGGUUCUUUGUCAGCGGUGCCACUUAACUGUGGAUCUUGGCACUUUACAACUUUAUUCUCUGAAGGUUGUUGAAGGAAGUUCAUGAGUUUUACAUGUAUAUUACAUUCAUUCAACCCAAUGGGAGACGAUAUGAAUAAAACAAUAUUGUGACAACAUU